GAGCGGAAAAACUUGCGGAUUUGCAAUUGCGUACGUUUGAUAUUAACCAGCUUCAAAAAUGGCCAAAAGGUGACCCAUGUUCUUGCAAUUUAAAGAACUUUGACGUUAAAGUAUCGUUUAUAAACUGUAAAUUCGGAAUCAGAAGAUAUCAUGCCUCGUUCAAGAAGCAGGAGCUCAUCAACAGAGCGAAAAUCUAGCAAGAAAAAACGAUCUCACACUCGUUCAAGAUCCAGAUCAAGAUCGCGGUCAAAAUCGAAGGCGCGGGAGAUCAAAAAAGACAAACAUGACAAACAUGACAAACAUGACAGACAUGAAAGAAAGGACUCAGACAGGUCGACAAAGGACAGAGAGCGGUCGGAGAGACACAAAAGUAGCAAAUCAUCUCGUCGUUCAAGAUCAAGAUCUCGAGAAAGAAGGAGACGGGAAAGAUCAAAAUCAAAACGGAAAACGCCAAGUCCUGAAAUUGAUAUUUUCGGCAGGGAUUUGAGCAAGCGAAAUGCUCAUGAAGAAGUGCAGAGGAGACAAGAAGAAGAAAGGAGGGUGGAACUGGAAAGACAGAGAAGAAUACGACAGCAGGAAAUGGAAGCCAAGCUGAUAGAGGAAGAGGUGACUCGGAGAGUGGAGGAGAUGGUGGCCCAGAGGGUGGAGGAGGAAUUGGAGAAGAGGAAAGAUGACAUAGAAGAGGAAGUGAGAAGGAGGGUGGAGGAAGCUAAGAAGAUCAUGGAGAAGGAGAUGAUGGAGGAGAUGGAGAAACAGAGGGAAGCUGAAUUGGCAGCACAGAAAGCUAAAGAGGAGGAAGAACUAGAGAAACGAGAGGCCCUUGAAAAGAUCAUGCAUGAAAAUCAGCGCAAGAUUGAGGAAGCUCAAAGAAAAUUGGCCGAGGAACGCUUGGAAAUGGUCGAGAGGCAACGCAAAAUGGACGAGGAGCGCCAGGCGUUUGAGCGCGAGCAAAAGCGCCGUCACAAGGCCGAACAGGAGCUUAUCCUGAACAAAAAGAGCAGUCGCCCGAAGCUGUCGUUUGGCUUCAAGAAGACAGACCCAACGACCUGAGAAGAGGGCGCCCUUCUGAAAGUCGAUCCUUCGCUUUGAAUUCCGAGCGGUGGAUAAUCGGGUGCAACGAGCGGGUGAACGGCUCUUGUGAGUAGUAACGAGUUGUGUAAACAAGCGAUCCUAUAGGUCGAAGUAACACAUUAAGCAAGGGGGGGCAGGGGAACAAGUAUAAAAACAGGGUUAUGUUAGUAAGGAUUUGAGUAUUUGGGGAUUGUUCAGUUAUCCAUCUUUACCAAAAAUUGUAAGAUUAACCAGAGUAAUGUACAUAUUUUGCAUGGAGAGGUCUUUAUGUGAAGUGGGUAAAUGGAGACAAGUGUUUGACUUACAAUAUGAUAGCAGGCAAUUAUUUGCUUACCAAGUUUGAUUAGCAUUUUUGGUCUUGAGAAAAAAGCUCUUUAAUAAAGUUCUGUGCAGUCCUAUGUAAAAAUCUGCUACACGAAAGAUGUUGUGUUAUACUACAUAAUCUACAUUACAGUCCGAAUUUCCCCUAUGGCGGCCGUACGGCGAGUAAAAAACAGCCGUUUUAUUAAUUUUCAUUCAAACCACCUAUAUGUAGCUGGUACAAAAAAAUGUUAAAACGGCUGUUUUCGACUUGCCGUACGGCCGCCUUAGAGCAAAUGGGACUGAGGUAUUUACCAGUAUCAAAAAUGUAGUGCACAUUGUGAUGCGAUAUGAGGAAAGUUAUUAUCUGUGAUUGGCAAUUAUUUUUCUUUUAUCUUUGUUUAUUUGCUAUUGACAUGUAGUUUGGAUUGAAUUCAGAGAUUUUAUUUAAACCAUUAUUUUUUCUUCAGUUUUCAUAAUUUAUUUAAUACUCAUAAGCUGUAGUUAGGCUGGUUUCAUACUUAUACAUGUAUGGAAUACUACAGUAUCUCUGUACAAUGGACUGUAUGCUCUGAUUGCUUGCUGACAAAUAUGAUUCGUUGACAUCCAAUGGAAUGUCUGAAAUUCAGGCAGUUAUAAAAAAAUGAACAUAUUUUCUAGAGAUCUGUAGAUAAGGCUGAAAUUUAGAUCAGUGAGCAAGUUUAAUUUCAUGGUUAAUCAUGCAUGUAGUUUCGGUGAAAGUUGAUGAGAUUCUGUCGUACAUGUGUGUAUAGACUAUAAAAUGCAACCUAAUGCUAGUGCUGUGAUGCUGUAAUUUUGAAUAACAUUGGAACGCUAUACGUGUACUUAUUUGUACGUGUCGGUCAAAGAUACUGUAGCAUACAGUAUUGAAAGUACAUGUAGGUGUCUAAUCGAGAGCAAGAAUACCACUCAAAAAAAUUGUUCAUCUAUUUAAAAAAAAACAUAUGGGGAAGAAUCGUGAGAAAAUAAAUGUUGAUUUUAAUAUUUCGCCACUGCUAUUUCUCAAGGCAGAUUAAAACAGCAUACAUGUACAUGUAUUUAAAUGAGACUGUUCAUGUCUGAGAUCACGUCAUACAGUAUGUACAUGUACAUGUAGAUUGACUUCUUUAAUACUUUUGACCUCUGGAGACAUUUAUUUGUACAUGUAUGUUGAAUUCUGAAUAUGGUGGCUUAAUAUAUGUCACUGUAAAGUGCACGUUGCUAUUGCUGUGCAGUGCAAAAUCACACAAACUAAACUGGAAAUAAAAUCAGUUUAUUAGGAAUUAUAAAUUGACACCAGUAGGGUGAGUUUAUCUCUUUUUCUUAAUCUUUGCAAAUUUCAAACCUUGCCCACUAAAAAUUUCAGAUUGAUAUUUAUUACAAAUUAUACUUUGUUUGGUAUGCUACAAUAAAGUGCAUGUUGUUUUCGUCUGUUUUAUUUCCAAUGAUGUAAGAAAUUAAAUGAAUCCUUAUUGUUGGAACUUUAUUGCUGGAUGAUGCUUCAGCUCCAAGAAAAAAGAAGAUCAUUAAUCCAUCAUAUUUUGCAUUCCUUAAUAUGUUACAAAAGGAAAUCUGAAUCUGAAAAUAUACUGUAAAAUGAUGCAUCUUCUGUUUCAUUCUGACUAUUUCUUGAUAAGAUGAAAUUGCAGUGGAAUAUCCUUUAUACACAGUUACAUAAUUGAUUUUCCUGAUAGCUGUAUUGAUGCCAGAUCCUUCACACAAAUGUAAUUUUUUCAGUUGUAUACAUGAAAUUAGGCUGUUGUACAUGUGAACUAACUGAUAUAAUAUAAUUUUGUCAAUUUUUCUAUUUGAUCUGCUGCACAAAUUUUGUUUCUUGGUUGAAACCAAUUAAAAAGUUGAAGUUGAAUUGGAAACUAAAACUAUUUCAAAGUUAAGGAUGUUGGACCGGGGGGGGGGGGGGGGGGGGGGGGUCAUUUUGCAAGUUGAUUCUCAUCAGCAUGAAUGUUGCCAGUUUAGGAGAAAAAUUAUUGUUUCUGAAAUUAACCAACUAUAGAUAAUCUCUGAAGUUAAUCUUGUACUGUAUGUAGUGUAGGAUUACACAUUGAAAAUUGAGUAUUAAAACCAACAAUAGUGUGUCUCAUAUUAUUCAUAUCAAGACAGGUAUAAUCCAGUAUACAAAAUUCAAAUGCUGCUCCUGUGUCGUAUUUUGUAUUUCGAUUCUAAUCUGUACAAAGCCUAUGAGUAUUGUACUGCGGGGCUACCUGCAAGAAUGGCUUAACUGCCAUCAACAGAAAACACUGAUAAGGGGGGAUGUUAUACAUGUAUUUAUGUAUGUAACGGUAGAUUUAAAAAAAAUCAAUGAAUUUUGCUGACUUAUUUUACUCUAAACUUACCAGAUACAGUGAUGUUGGUGGUUAUAACAAUAGCCAGUGAAAAUUAAUGACUCUGUUUCAUGAAAUGCUCUGAGUCCCCAAGGCCCUGUCUUACCAAGAGAUGUAAUUGAUCCAAUCAACCAUAACUAUGGAAAGCCAGCAGGAUCAACAUCUAACACAGGUAUAUUUUCAAAAUAUUUUCUAGAUAUGAUGUAUCAUGUUCAUGAAUAUAUGUUUUCUUGAAAAUUUAGUGUGCCUUUGUUUUAAUACAAAGGACCUUGUGCAAAUUUUCUGAAGAAAAAAAUACGACAUUCAUGGAUUUUCAUACAUUUGAGGUUGAUUGGAUCGAUCGUAACUCUGUAAGAUGGGGCGCUGGUGUUGUUUUAAAGCCUUCUUGCUGGAAAACAAGUACAAAAUUUUAUCCUGCUUUGUACUUUAUGGAAUGAGAAUAUACUAUAGUUGCCUCUGAUGAUACUAGUAUUAUGCAAUGCGCUCUGUAUGCAUCCACUACUUUGGCUAUACAUUUAGAUCAUAAGGUAUUCUUGCUUUAAUAGAUUAAAUCACUGGUAAAAUAAGGAAUUGCGUACAUGUAGUUUGUUUCCUGUUAUACACAUGUACGUGUAAAUCCAAUACAUGGACUGUACAUAGUGAUGUAGAAAUUGUACAUAUAUAUAUAUUCCCAAACUCAAUUGUCCCUAGUCCUGAUUUUUAUGUUUCCCUUGUGUUGUAUUUUUUUUAUUUUUGGCUAGAUGUACAUGUAUUGUGGAAGCAAAUCGCUCUUAACAGUUGUUCACUAGACCUACAUGUAAAGGUACACGCACAUCUGUUUCUCUCUCUCUUCCAUCUUUUUACUUUUUUCUCUCUCUCUCGCUCUCACUCUUUCUGUUUGUGUCAAUCUCUCAUUCUUUCAUGUUUUUUUCCUCUCUCUUUCUCUCUUCCUCUUCUUCUGUGGUCAUAUCUUUUGUAUUUGUACAUGUAUAUUAUGAUCUUACUUUAACCAUUGAAUCUCCCUUGUCCUAACUGCAUGCAUCUAAGAUUUUGGCUAAUAUGCCUGUCUGAAAUUACUAUUCUGAGAUUGUUAAUUUUGAUUUGAGAUGGUUCUUUUCAGGGACUACAUUUGUACAUGUAGUAGUUUUAAAAAGAGUGCAUUGAAAUGUUCCUUCCUGAUAAUAAAUCAAUGAUUCCAACACGAA